CCUCUCUUUUUCUCUGCCCACUCCAGACACAGAGAGAGACUCAUCUAUACAAAGAAGUCAAGGAGAGAAAAGAUCAGCUACCUCAGAUUAUUGAGCAUUUACAUGGAUGAGAUAUGGAAGCUAUCAAAGAAGGAAGGUUCAUUUAGCCAUUCCUCAAUUCCUUCCAAGUCUCUAUUCUCCAGGAGUUCUUCAACAAAGAUCUCUUCUUGUAAUUCUCCAUUCGCAAGGAGUUCUUCAACAAAGAGCUCUUCUUCAAAAUCCCCUCUCCUGAGGAGUUUUUCCCUGAAGAGUUCCUCGCCAAAGUGCCCUCUUCCCCGGAGCUUCUCGCAAAAGAGCUCUUCCAUUAGCCGCAAAUGUAGUAGCUUAGCAAAGGAACAAAAGGCCAGGUUUUACAUCAUGAGGCGCUGCGUCGCCAUGCUUGUUUGUUGGAACAAGCAUGGCGAUACUUGAUUAGAAGACAAGAAAGAGUAUAUCUCAUAGAUUUGAGUGCAACAAACCAGGCGAUACUUGAUUGGAAGACAAGAAAGAGUAUAUCUCAUAGAUUUGAGUGCUUGCUGUUGCUUGCUCUUUUUCCUUCAUUUAUGCGAGAUGGGCAUUUGGGUUUUGUUCGAAAACGCGUAUAAAUUUUCUUGCCAUCUGAUCUAGAAAAGAUUAGUGUCAUAUUUCUUGAA